CUCCCUGGCUCUCUUUAAGGGAGGAAGAAGGAGAGUGGGAAGGGAGGCUGCUUCCCUCCUGCAGAGCGCAAAAGGAGGGAGGCAAACAAAGCUGGGCUGGAAAGACCCAGGAGGUGUCCUGACCACUUGGAAAACACUGCGGGGCAAGUGUUUGAACACAUCCUAAAUACACCAAAGGCACAAGAUCCCACCUGAUCUUGGAAGCUAAGCAGAGUCAGCCCUGGUUAGGACUUGGAUGGGGGACUACCAAUGAAUACCUGUAGGCUAUAUUUCAGAGCAAGGAACUGGCAGACCACCUUGGAGUACUUCUUUCCAAUGAAACCUCUAUGAACUUCAUGGGUUUACUGCUGAAUUCCGAUUCUGAAGGCACCAAUAGAGCCACUAGCUUACAUCCUCAACAGUGGUCUGUUGGCCUUCUUUUGCAAGAACAUUUCUCAGUUUCUUUCCACCUGAACUAAUGACUAGGGAUUCUACCACAACACCAGCAAUUCUCUUCCAGUUUCAGAAGAUGGGCUCAUUCCGGAGACCUCGGCCACGUUUUAUGAGCUCCCCAGUGCUGAGUGAUUUACCACGGUUCUUGGCAGCCCGGCAGUCUCUACACUUCAGCUCUAAUUCUGCAUGGAACAGUGUUCAAACAGCAGUGAUCAAUGUGUUCAAAGGUGGAGGCCUGCAAAACAAUGAACUCUACACUCUCAAUGAAAAUGUCAGGCGAUUGUUGAAGAGUGAACUUGGACCUUUCAUCACAGACUAUUUUCAGAACCAGCUCCUUACGAAGGGAUUGCUGUUCAUAGAGGAAAAGGUUAAGCUUUCUGAAGGAGAGAAUCGCAUCCAUGUACUAUCUGAAAUUUGGGAUCACUUUUUCACAGAGACUCUUCCCACACUUCAGGCGAUAUUCUAUCCUGUUCAGGGUCAAGAAUUGACUGUUCGUCAAAUUGCCUUGCUUGGCUUCCGAGAUUUAGUCUUAUUAAGAGUCAAGUUGGAUGAAAUUCUUCCUCAGUUCCAAACCAAUUUCCCACCUUCUAUUGUCCAGAUGCUACUCAUUUUGCAAGGAGUUCAUGAACCUACAGGUCCCAGUAAGGCCUAUAUGCAAUUGGAAGAGCUUGUUAAAUUGGCUGUCUCGCCAUACCUUGGUUUGUGUGAAGAACACUGCUUUCCUGGCAGUACUUGUGCCUUGGAGAGACGGUAUUACAGACCUCGUCCCAAGCCCAGUGGGCUGAGCUUGUCUUCUCAUACGAUGGCAACCCGACAGGUCAGCGAGACAGCCUUGACACCCCUAACUGAGCAGGAAGGUGAAGCUUACCUUGAGAAAUGUGGAAGCAUCCGUCGCCACACUGUCGCCAAUGCUCACUCUGAUAUCCAGCUGUUGGCUAUGGCUUCCAUUAUGCAUUCAGGGAUGGUGGUAGAAGAACCAGAAAAUGGUGACAAACGUCUUCUUUUGCAGCCUAGCUUAAACCACAGGCAAUGUUCCAGUGAGCCCAGUAUAGCAGAUGGACCAGAAGGACUUGGGACACCUCUCAUGCAGGACUCUGCAGAUCUCAAUUGUACAUCAGUCUGCUGAAAUGCUACAUAUGGUAGAGGGAGAGAAGACUCAUGUGCACUAAGCAAGUUAUUGGUGGACAAUGAAUAUAUGAUACAUUUUUGGAAAUUCUCCGAUUGCAGUUUCAUGCUUUUCCCCCCAGAAAAGGUACAUGUCUGCUCAGUUUAAGCAUUCCAUCUUCAUUUUUGUUCCCUUUUCUCUAGAUUUUUUAGAGCUCGUGGAGCCUGGAAGGGCUUUAUCCUGGUCCAUGACUCUAUAGGAUAGUGAUGAUAUUUUCAUAUAAGGGACUGUGCAAAUCUGAUAUGCAGGGACAAGAGUUACAAAACUGUGUACUCCAUCUCCAGAACCGAAGCUGUUUUUGAAUACUUAGUGAACUCAUUUACUACCUGCAAGUGAGAACAAAAAGUUCUUAUGCUACUUCUGCUGUGGAUUGUUUUGAGAUUUUAAUUUUCAACAUGGAUCUUCUCAGGGAUCACUUAUGUAUACUCCAGAGAAUUAUCUGAGUGUUUUAGAUUUCAGGAGACACAAUUAAAAAAAAAAGUUCUUCUUUAGGCUCCAGAGUAAAAGUGCCUUAGCUACUUCCCAGUGGUAUCAAAAGAACAAAUAUUGUGACAAAAUUGUUAAGUAUCCAACAGUUCUGUUGUGCUACUUGAAGAUAUUUCUACACGUGAAUAGCUGAAGUAUAAAAAUGUCUGCCUUGGAAAUGAAAUUGUAUUCUGGAAAAAGUCUCCAGAAGCAUUAAGAAUGAAACAGAGUUGACUUUUUUAUAUACAGGAGUGAGAUGGCAUUACAUAUUGUGUAACUCCUAUGCAGAUAAAUAACUAGGCUUUCCCAGAGGCAGUUUUCCUCCUAUGCAGAUCUUCCAUCCUUAGCUGCAAAAGUCAGGCACUGAUCCAAAGGAUGUGUGUCCUCAUUUUCCUGUGUCUGCUACACAACUCCAGCACCGUAAUAAAUGCAAUAGCUUUCUUAGAGCUAGGUGGUGCUACCUUUUUGGGUGUCAGGUUUCCUAUUUUUAGGAACAUUUGUUUUCAGUCACAGCAGAGGUCUGCUUCCCAAGUACUUUUGGAAACUCAAACAUGUGAGUGUUACUCUGACCUGUGAGGCUUGCUUUCCCGAGCAACAUGAAUGGGGGGCAGCUCCUGUUGGUUUGCAGAAAUAGACAGCCUUUUAUUUCUAUUUUUUUUAACUUAUGCCUUGUUUUGCUGUCUUGUAAUAUUUGUUUUAUGAUUUUAUUCUGUUAUUGGAAAUAGACCUUGAUCUAAGAAAUUAGCCCUAGCCUUUAAUGAAAUUAAGAAGGAAGCUACUAAGGCUAUCAACAGAUAGGUACCGAGAAAAAAGUCUGCUGUUCUGGAUAUAGAUACAUUUAUUUUUUGAUUAAGUUUGAACUGUCAAAUGACUGUUCUACCAAAAGAUCUGCAGAAUAAAGUUGAUAUGAAGAGGUG